AUGGAGGAUACUUUCAGUUGGAUUAGUGUUGGUUCAGGAUUUACGGGAUUGGCAAGGCCUUUUGAAAAGAUUUGCUCUGAUAUUCAUGUCACUGUGCCAUCCGCACUAAAAGCAACAUUUGAUUCAAUGUUACAUAUAAGCAAUACUUACAUUGUGACUAACUUUCUGUCAUUACCCAAUGAUUUAAUGUUCAAAACUUCAGAACAUCAGUUUAUCAUUAGAUUUACAACUGGAACUUCUGUGUCGGAUGUAAGCAAAUAUAAAAUUGCUAGAAAAAAGCUCAACAUCAAACCAUUUGUUGAUAUUAUUACUGGAAAAUGGAAGAAGGAUUUGUUAAUAGAUGUUAUUGGACUAGUUGAAGAGAUAGGGUAUACCCAACUGACUUCAGGAAGCAAGAAACAACAAGUCAACAUUAUUUUGAAAGAUCUUGGGAACAACACCUUGAAUUGUACCCUAUGGGAGUCCUAUGUUGUGAAAUUCAUGAACUACAUUCAAACUAAAAAAGAUGGUGGUCCAACUAUAAUGUUAUUACAGAUACCUAAGGACUACCAUGUUGGUAGUUCAAGUCAACUUAUUAGUACACAAUCUAAUAUGUGGUCACAAAACUCUUUUGGUUCUCAACUCACAUCUUAUGAUAAGUUCAUGUCACAAGCUACGAAUCUUAGUCUGGGGGAUAUUGUAAAACUUCAUGAUUUGAUUUGGUGUGUCACGGUAGCCACUACUUAUAAACCGAAAGCAUCUGGAAACGUCUGGUAUUACCAAGCAUGCCACAAGUGUCCAAAAGUAGCUAAAGGCAGUUCUCCACCUUAUAUAUGUGUUGAUAAUCAUUCAACAGAAACUGAAAUAUUGAGGUGCAAAAUCGAGAUUGAAGUAGUUGAUAAUAGUAGUAAUGUGAUUUUCGUGUUUUGGGACCGUGAAUGUACUGAACUGUUGGAAAUUUCAGUUGCUCAACUUCGUCAAACCAUGGUUGAGGAUGAUAUUCAUGAUCCACUAGAGUUUCCAUUUGUACUUGAUCAGUUGCUUGGACAUGAAUUUGCAUUUAAAAUAAAUGAGGGUGUAUUUGAGGUUGCAUUAGCUGAAGAAUGGAAUGUCAUAAAUGUUUUUUUAACUACUGAAAAACACAAAGCACCGCCUAUCACUCCAUUAAAUUCUGGGAAAAGGGGUGCACAUCAUGGUUCAAGCGAGUCAUUGACUUUGAAAGAAAUUGUUGAAGGAGAACAAUCUUCAACAAGGAUAUGUAGAAAACAUGUCAAGUUGGAGAAGAAAUAA